ACAUAACUCAGUGACUGAGUGACUGAUGCGUCUGGAGUGGAGGAAGAACUGGGAGGUUGUGCGGCUGAGCAGGGAAGUAUUGGCUGUUCACCCAAUUAAUGCAAAAUAUGAGGGAUCAGGUAAAACACCUAACUGUGCGCAGUACUCUAAACUAGCAUGUUCACGGGAACGGGACCCAGUCUGUGGAACAAAUGGCAUAACAUUUCCUAAUGAGUGUAUGUUAUGCUUGCACAAUUGGGAAUAUAAUAAGGACGUGAAAAUAGAGAAGAAUGGAAACUGCUAAAGAGAAAAACAAUGAAGCACAAGGAUGCAAAGGAACAUAGAAUUGUCACGUGAUUAUUGACGGAAUGCAAUUAAUGAGAAACGGCUUCCAUCUCUGCACCUUUAACAUAUUUAACUUUUCUUCCUGGGGACUGAUUCGCUUAUUAGGUGCUCAUAGAAAUGCUGAUCAGGAAAUGAAAGUUCACCGCCCUGACUUUCAGCUUAAUCGGAGAAUUAGCCAUCUUUUGCCAUCUGCAGUGGUCAUGAUGAAAAGAUCUUUCACUAAAUAUUUUUAAAACAGCCUGUCUGGUGUAUGUGCGUGUGUUUCUUCAGUCCUGAAAUUGAAUGUAUAGCAGUGACAUCUGCUGUUCUAGGUUCUUCCACACAAUAGUGCUGUUGUCUCUUUAUGCAUGAAAGAAUAAACAGCUGCUGUUCCUA